AUUUUCCAACCUAUAUCUAAUCGUGCGUGGAGGCAGCACCCACUUCCCCUAUUCUCCUGGUCCUCUCCCCCAAUUCUCUCCAAGCAUCAGAUCAAUCGGAGGCGUCCUCCGAUCCGUCCGCCCCAGCAAGUCGAACGGCGCUGCCCUCCCCAUCUGCAGGUUCCACCGCCGGCCUCGCCCGCGACCUUCUCCUCUGUGCCCCAGCCCGCUCGAACGCCACUGCCCUCCUCGCCGACGGGAUCGGAUCCGCCGGCCUCAGCCCCGAUGUCUUCUUGUGUGGCACUUCCCUAUUCCCUCCGACGAGUGCUGGUAUGUCCGCAAUCACGAUAACGCAUGCACUCCGACUGACUGGUAGUACAAUCAUGCCCGCAACUCCGGAGUAUGAGAGAAACAGGUUGGCAAGGAUUGAGAAGCGCAAGGCUGAAGAGGCAGGGCAUCUUGCAAACAUACGAAACAUAGCUAGUCAACUGAACAAAUGGUCAGAUGAAGAAAACAAGAAAAUCUGUGUGAAGAACAAGGAGAACCGAGAAGCUGUCAAGCAUCACCAAACUACAGGCUCUAGGUCUUAUCCUUCUCAUUUCCACCAACUUAAAAAAGACAAGUACAGCAAUGAGGACCCUAGUCCCAUUGAGUUUUUCAAAGAGACCAAUACCAAUAGAAAGACGGGAUGCAUGAGCGCCUCUGCCCUUGAAGCUUAUAAUAACAUGGAAAAGAGAAGGAGUGAAACACAACAAGAAGAUGAGCACCUGGUGUAUGGUACACAUAUUGUGGCUGAAGUUCCAAAGGAGCACAACUCCUCAAGCACCUUCCUUUCAACCAUGGGGUACCAAUCAAGAUCUGAGACGUUUAGGACAUCGGAUUCUGAAGAACGUAUUCGAGAGUUAGAAGAAAAGGUUGAACAACAUAAGAGAGAAGCAACAGAGGCAAAUGCAAUGUACCGGCAACAUUUAACCGAGAGAGGUCAAAUGCAAGAGGCUGCACUAGAAGAGAUGCAAAGGAAACAACAAGAAGAAUUAGCGGCAAUGAAGAAGAGCCAAGAAGAAAAGAAUAAAACAUAUGAAAAAAAGCAAGAAGAACAUGACAGUCUUAUUAGCUUCCUCUUACAGAAACAUGCAACGCAGAAUUAGACACCAUACUUGAUGGUGCAUGGAUGCAUGGUGGUGCUAUUCUAGCAUGAACUUAGUUGCUCGUCCGUAGUUAUGACAAAUUUAUAGUGCAACCUAAGAACUUAUUUAGUUAUGUAAAAUGGUAUUUGGAUAUGAGAUGAUAUUUGGUCGUGAGUUAGAUAUAUAUAGUGAUUUCAAUGCCAAUUAAGUAUAUGUAUUCAAAAUUAGUUUUGAUUCACAA